CUCUCCGAUGAUGAAUGUGAUUCUUUUGCACGGUGUACUAAGUGAGAGAUAUAAUACAUGUUAUAAGGAAUUACGGAAUAAAGUAAAAAGUCGGUUAAAACAAGGUCCAGUAUGCUGCAAUUCUAAUCACCUCGCCUCCAGACCCGUCGGAUCCAGCAUGCAAAAGAGCCUGAAGCUGAAACUUCAAUAUGCUUUAAGUAAACCUGCUGCCGACGCCGAGACGCCGGCCGUCUUCGUGGGAGGAAGACGGCGGAAUCGGAAGAAGCGGAAACCCAAACAUGGUCAGACGAAGAAGAAGAGAAACGAGAUGUCGACCGUGCCACCGGUUUUGAAUAGGUCAUUCGCUCCUGACUUCGAGUACUAUCAAGAUGUCGUCAGACCCGCCGCCAAGGUCACCUGUGUGGAUAUCGAAGAGCCAGUCUUCACCGAGGAACCGAAACAAGUUUACCCCACCAGACGCGACAGUGGUUGUGACGAGGACUUCGAAGAUGACAGCGAACCUGCGAUCACCAUGAAUACGAGCACCCCAAUGCUAAAGGACAUUUGCCGCACCCACAGUCGCGACUCGGGCGUGUACGAUGGUGACGUGACAAUUUUCACGGAUGACGUCACAUCUGACUCGGGCCUGCCCGAUGAGCAGACGUCUGACGAAGGCAUUGCAUCCAUGGUUGAAGCGAAUGUGUCAAAAUGCUCUGCUGAAAGUGUUGAACACGGCGAUCGACGUAAAGACGUCCAAGACGACAUCGCAGACGACAUUACAGCAGACGACAUUGCAGCAGACGAGAACGCCAACCGACAUCUUGAUAGUACCGAAGAACAGUUUGAUGAAAUCGAUCUGGACAGCGAAUAUGAAGACGAACGUGAUCCAACUCUGGAUGCUGUGCCUCUGUCAGUUGAGCUUGCUGAAGCCUACGCAAUAGAUGGCGUAGAACAGGAGACAGCUGCUGAGGCCACGGAUGAACAGGGAAAUGUUGGGGAUAAUGCUGACCGAUUUCUCAAACUGUUGGAGGAUGAAGAUGAGGUAAUAUUCGACCUGUCACAACUGGAGGUCAACAAUACAGAGCGUGAACUUUCGACCAUUGAACGCUGGCGACAACAACUACGACAAAACAACGAAAAAUCAGGCUGGAUUUUUGACCCGACGGUUCUGGAGAGCGAUGAGCCCAUACAAGUGCACAUGGACCUGCUGAUUGAUGACGACAAGGACGACGAGGUGCUGUACGAAGCCGGCGGCUCCCGUCGGGAUCUGAAUAUCACGUGCAAUCCACUCUACGAACACACGCUGAAAGACGAGGAGACAGAGAAGAUUUCGUUGAAGAAUUUUCAGAGUGGAUUCAAGACGGAUUUCGAUAACGUCAAUUUUAUUCAGAUCCCGACGAAGCCGGGUGGCAAAAAAACUAAAGAGUCGUCUCCCCUGCUGAAAAAUGGCGAAUCAGAAAAUGCCGACGAAAUAGUGUGCUGCACAAUCUUGUAAAAAAAAAUUCCGUGGACAUAAAUUUAAUGAGCAUAACAUGUGCUUAAUUGUUUCAAUUGUGUUUUGGACUGGGCUUUGCAUUUAACCCGCAGCUUUGCAUUUCCAUUGAAUUGUAGGAUGUUUGGCCUUCGUUUUUGAGAGAACUGUACGUCCGCUGCAGACGAUAUGUUUUAUAUAUUUCAUGGUUAACAUCGAAGUUUACAGAAACUGUCUCUUGACUUUUAGUCUGUUUAUCUGCAACAAAAAAAUCAAUAUAUCAGUAGGAUGCUUCCCCGUAUUUUAAAUAUUUCCCAAAAGGACUGAUGUGCCAAAAACAGGAGAAUUGCAAUGCAUAUUUUGUGUUUAUUGCUCGGGCAGUUAAUGUUAUUAAAGACCUCCUUUGCAUUGCUAUUAUCAUUAAUUCUUUUUGUAUACCUUUAAUUGUGAAUUAUUAUGUGCAAUAUUAUAUAUAUCUAUUCAUAGUGAAAGUUGUGUGCUUUUGUGAAGAUGUUGAUUGCGGCUGUAUGAUAUAUUCAUCAAGUCAUAUGUAGUAAUACUAUGCAUAUAAACCUAUUCUUUAUUCUCGACUAUAAGUCCAGAUUGAAGCCUACCCUACCUUUCUACAAGGAUGAACGCACGUAUUUUCUGUUUUCACGUUUGAACCGUAACUACCUACUAUAGACACAGAAUGCAAACUUACCAUCACCUCAGUAUCAGUUUCCCUUUUCGUCUUUGUAUUUAACUAUAUAUGUGCAUCGAAUUGUGUAGAAUAGUGUCAGGCAUAAACUUAAAAAAAGAAAAAUUAAACAAUAUAUGUAUACCAAAUAUCAUACUAAUAUUAAACACUUGUUAUGUUAUCUCCAUUCUAAGUGUGACGUUUUAAUUGUAUUCAGUUUUACAUAGGUGGUAAAUACCUAGUAUAAGUAAUUUUCAUAUUUUACGAACUGUGAGACCUACUCAUAAUUUAAGUUAUGUUUAAACAUAACAAAUAUAUUCGAUCGUAUGGAAAGCGUUAGGAUUAUAUUAUGCCCCCACCCCACCCCUCGAGUCUGGUUCAUGGGAAGAAUCAAUACUUGUAUUUUUAUGGAUCUUGAUAACACUUAAUGAGUGGGGAUUGAACCCUUGACCUUCCGGGUCACAAAGCGGAUGCCAUCUCCAUCUUUGGUCAUAGAACAUGUUCUUGUUAUAAUACGGACUCGAAAUUUUUAGUACUUUAAUACCUGUUAUAUUGUUCGAAAAUGAUGUCGGUUCCACUCUUGAUAAAAAAAGCUGUUGUUUCAUGUGUGUAAUGGAUUGCGUUUAAUAAAAUAAUGAAAAUUCA